AUGGCAGCGAUCUCACCGACUGACGUGAAGGAGCGUCCGCUCUAUACCGGCCCGCAGCUCCUGGGAGUCCGAGCGGCGAUCACUGAGGUCCCCGCUGUCCCCCCUUGGGAGGGGGACAACUCGUCGCAGCCUUUGGAUGGCGAGCGUUUUAUCCCCCAGCUCCAAUCGAGACUAUCACAAGGCUACAGUGACCCGCUGGUGACCAAGCUGGACUUUGACAAAGAGCCCACCCCAGGAACCAAACACUACCCCGCACCUGACGACCUUCGAGAACCUCUGGUGCAGGACAAGAUGCCCGACAAGGAGGAAGUGCAGGACGCCCUGGCCUCCUUUGACUUCCUGAACAAGAGGAACAGUAUGGCUCUGAAGCCGGAGCUGGACAGGGUGGUGGAGCAGGUGAUGCAGCACCCAGAGCUGGAGCUCAUCGCCCUGCAGAAGGACACCGAGAUAAGGGAAGAAGAGCAGUUCCACUUCAGUCUCCAAGACUUCAAAUGUGUGGCAGUCCUUGGACGUGGUCACUUUGGAAAGGUGUUGUUAGCGGAAUAUAAGAGCACAGGAGAGAUGUUCGCCAUCAAAGCUCUGAAGAAAGGAGACAUUGUGGCGCGAGAUGAGGUGGACAGUCUCAUGUGUGAGAAGAGGAUCUUUGAGGCGGUGAACAGCGUGCGCCACCCCUUCCUUGUCAACCUGUUUGCGUGUUUCCAGACGCAGGAGCACGUGUGUUUCGUAAUGGAGUACGCAGCUGGGGGGGACCUGAUGAUGCACAUCCACGCUGAUGUGUUCUCCGAGCCCAGGGCCAUAUUCUACGCAGCCUGUGUGGUGUUGGGGUUACAGUUUCUUCACGACCAUAAGAUAGUGUACAGAGAUCUGAAGCUGGAUAACCUGCUGCUGGACACAGAGGGCUACGUAAAGAUCGCUGACUUUGGGCUUUGUAAAGAAGGAAUGGGCUUCAAGGACCGCACCAGCACAUUCUGCGGGACGCCGGAGUUCUUGGCCCCGGAGGUUCUGACUGAGACGUCGUACACCCGUGCCGUGGACUGGUGGGGGCUCGGAGUGCUCAUCUUUGAGAUGCUGGUCGGGGAGUCGCCGUUCCCCGGUGACGAUGAGGAGGAAGUGUUCGACAGCAUCGUCAAUGAUGAAGUCCGCUACCCACGGUUCCUCUCCACCGAGGCCAUCUCAAUCAUGAGGAGGCUCUUGAGAAGAAGUCCAGAGCGACGGCUGGGAGCAGGGGAGAGGGACGCAGAGGAGGUUAAGAAACAUCUAUUCUUCAGGAACAUGGAUUGGAACGGGCUGUUAGCGAAGAAGGUGAAGCCCCCGUUCGUGCCGACCAUCCAGGGCACCAACGACGUCAGCAACUUCGACGACGAGUUUACCUCUGAAGCCCCCAUCCUGACCCCGCCCCGGGAGCCUCGGCCGCUCAACUCGGACGAGCAGAAUAUGUUCUCUGACUUUGAUUACAUCGCCGACUGGUGUUAGCUCCACCGGACCCCACAAACCACAAACACACCAGCGCAGCGAGGACUAUAGCUCACACCAUCCUUAAAAAAGUGUUCGUCGUCCAAAACGUUGAAGAGGAGCCGCAAGCUUUCUGCCAUUGAGAAGAAGCUCCACAUGUUUUUUUAAUCCACAUGAAGAACUUUUUUUUUAAGAAAACAAGAGAAACUCUGUUGUCGGAGAGUGAAGCUUCGUCCUUCUGCGCAUGUCUUCGUGUCCAUUGUCUGACCACUGAGAAUGUUUUUCAUAUGAACUCCGAGGAGACGGCAUCACAAUCAUGUUAUCCAGUAUUUUUGGAUCUGUACAGAUUAUAUUCAGUCAUAUAUAUUUGAUGUUCCUCUUACUUGCAAAGCCCUCAAUCAUUUAAGUAUGUCUUAUCUCAAAAGUUGACAUUUCUGCCGGCUGUUCAGUGGAUUUAAAGUGUGCUCAAAGCAUUCUCACUGAGCUACAACACCCAUCCUGACUACUACUGCUGCUUCCUCACUUGAAGUAAAAGGAACAGUCUUUACACUACAUUUCCUUUUUGGUUCCUUUUCUGCAAAACCCACAUAACAGAUUCUAUUUAGUUUAACACUAAUAACCAAUACUUGGUUUUAUUUGUUAAAUUAGGACUUUAGAAAAAGCAUUUGUCAAGAAGAGCUAAUGCUAAAGAUUAUUUUGUCUGUUUCUGCUGCCUCAAUAGACAUCCACCUAAACUCAGUUCUAAAGAUCCAACAACUAUUCAUUCUUUUUUUCUUCUGGCGAGAGUUUAGUUGUAUUUCAAUCUUUUUUUAAUUUAAUUUUUCCUGAAUGAACAGCUUGUUGUAAAGGUCCUGACAGCAUUUUCUUGUUACCUCAGUCAAAGUGAGUCGCUCAGUUAAAAGCUAACCAAACCAAAUGCGUCCUGUCCCUCUUGAAGCAGAAUACAAACUCCUCAUGGGUAAAGGAAACCUCUGAUGAUGGAGCGAAGACAAUGGUGGAGUUGUUUUUCUGGACAUGCCAUUGAAAUGCUCCCACAGUGGAACCAGCUGGUGACUUGUUGCAUAUAAGCAGAGGCCUGUUGAUAUGAAUCACUACAGGGGGGCAGGUAUAUUAUAUAUACAUACUGUAUGUACACAAUUAAGCUGAGAGCACUAAUUUUAUCAAUAGUUUUUAAUUAUCUACGUUUCUUAAUGAAAAUAGAUUGUACAAAGUUUUUUUUUGUAUUCUUCGCUUGUGCAUGUUGCCAGAACAGAUGAAAAACGUUAUGAAUGGUACACCAAUACUCAUGUCACAACUGCUCGCCCUGGUGUAUAAAAAGAGAAAGUUGUUUCUGCAGUCGUUGCCCAUCAUGAUGCACAAAUUAAACAUUUGUAAUAGUGGAUUUCUGAUAUUGAAAGCAACCUGUCUUUUAUGUGUAAUUGACCAGAGUAGAAAAGAACAACAAUUUUAUUCAAACCAUGAGCUGAUUUCCAUGCUUUGAUGAAAAUCUUGUAUUUAUUUUUUAAAUUACUUGGAACAAUUCUAACAGAAUAGAACCAGGUCAUUUUUCUACAAAAAACUAAGUUUUAUGUUUACAAUAUGAAAACAGCCUAAAAUUGCAAGCAUCAAAUGCAUGUUCCCACUUGG